AUGGCGUCGAGCACGCGCACGUCACGUAAAGCAUCCGCCGCAGAGAGAUGCGGCAGGAGCUACGCACGCACUGUGGACGCCGGGGUGAGACUGGAAGCGAGUGGACAUAAGAGGACACGAGGGGACACGAGACAUCAAAGACCUGCGCAAAUCUGCCGUGGACGCGUGCGUGAGGUGAGUCAUAACCGCGAGUCGCCGCGUGGACGCGCCCAGAGCAUCACUGCAGCGCAUCCGUUCUGCGCGUGCGCGCCUCGUGGAUUCCCCCUGAUGCCCUCCUCUGCCUCCCCCUGA